ACGAACGGGUGUGCGACCGAGCGCAUCACAGUUUCCGCGAUACGUUUCGCGACUGUUUGGCGCUGGAAAGUGUUCGUUGGUGUGCUUUUUUUCAUAAUUUGCUUUACUUUCGUGUACAUCCUACCACCCUUAUCAAUCUUUCUUGGUGUUUGUUUGUGGGUGUAAAAGGGAUAAAGUGGGGAUGAAUAUGAAACAGUUGCAAUCGAAUCAAUAUUACUGUGUACCGUGAGGACAGCAGAAACUGGACAGGUUUUGGGUUUACUUUCUUCAGUGUAGUGUAUCAAUCGAUCAAGCGCACAUUUACAACACGGCCAAAGCGCAAUUCGAUUCUCUUUGUUUGUCGUUUAACCUCGCGAAACUCCCGAUUGUUUACUAGUGGCGGGUGCUAUCUCUUCCAGCAAAAAAACUAGGUCUUGGCAGAACAUUUUUGCUUUUGCGUGGCUGUGAAUGUGGGCUAUAUCGUAAAUUUCCUUCAGUACGAACAACUCGGAACGGAACAGCUGAGUAAACUCCGCUGGAAUUCAAGCAUAGCCAAACAACGAAUUGGUGGCCCGCGAUUUAUUUCGAUGAGAUAAUCAAUCGCUGUAAUGGGCGAACUAUAUGUCACCGUGCGGCCCUGCUACAUUGAACAGCCCAGUAGAGAAGCUCAUUAGCAUUGUGGAGGCAAAAAAAACAUUUACCAUUCUGGUGCCAGAUUGAUUAGUUGUCACCUUUGUCUUUAUGCCGCAGUAGGACGAUCUACGGGAACAGGAAAAUAACAAAACGUGUGAUACAUAAGCUGGAGAAAAGCGUAGACUUAGCAAAUGCAGUGUUGAGUUGAAAUUGUCCCACUUCCCUGUUCGAUGAGUCACCACACUUCACCCGCGAGAAUCAUCAUUGCGAAAAUCGCAUUCAAGUGCACCAUCCCCACUGGCUGUAAACGUGAUAGAUAAGGAAAACUGCGCCAUUUGCUUCUCCAGCCAGCACACACUAUAACGAAUUCCAGCAAGCAACAAUGGAGGUGUCGGCCGAAGAGUGGAUAGAACGGGCGAAGGAAAACAUGAAAAAAUUCCUUAACCGUGGUGGGGCUUGUCGGGGAGAUGAGCCACAAAUGUUGACCGGAGCGGCACUAGAAAAUACGCUCGGUUAUGCCCUGAACCUAACGAUGAAGGAUCCAAACGAGUGGACCGACGAUGAACUGCAGCAGGAGUACAUGGAACAGCUAUGCUUUUAUGACACCGAAUCGCGCAAGACAAUCGACAAGCUAACGCAGCAGAUGUACGCCCAAGGUGUCGUACCGGACGAACCGUGCCAUCUGACGAUCCUGCCGAUAGAACUGUACGCCGAGGGGAAGCUUUACGAGGUGGCCCUGUUUCGGUACCAGUUUGGGGAUCUGCAAGCAACCGAACCGAAAUACAUUGAUUCGUACGGGCGCGUAUACGGAAGCUUCCGGGACUUUUUGCGUAACAACAAAUACCCGUCGGCGGAGAUGAUUUAUCCGCGCGAAGGGCGACUUGAGGCGAGUGAAGAGAAAACUGUGCUGUAUGAGGUCGGUAAAACACCCGCCUGGAAAGCGUACUAUUUUAAAGCGUUGGACAUUGCCACGGGAAUAAUUGGAAUCGCUGGUGCAACUGGAGCCAUCUUUCUGUCCGGUGGUAUUGCGACACCCUUUGUUGCGGCCAGCAUUGGAUCGGCGUUGUACGCAACCGGACGUUCGAUCGACGUGCUGCGCGAUAAAAGCGCCCACCAGGAAUCGUUGAAUCCGUUCCUUGAUUCUGAAUCCCGUACCGCCUGGUUGAGUCUUACUGCACACGUCCUCACCUUCGGAACCAUGCCCCACAUAUCGGCACUGUCCGGUGUUGCCUCAACGAGCCACAGCAUCGCGACGGGAUUCAAGGUGUGCAACUUUAUCAACGAGACGGGCAACAUCAUAAGCGAUCUGGUGAUCUGCGACACAUUGUCGGCAAUGCAUUCAAAUUACUAUAACGCGUCGAUCGAAACACGGUUAGCGCAUGCUGCCUCGAUCUGCUUCUGGACAAAGACCACCAUCAGCAUCCGGCAGGCGGAACUGAUGAUGAAGAACAAUGCAAUCGUUGCGCUGAAGCUGUUCGGGUUUGAGGAUCAUUGCUGCGAGUACUUUAACAACGAUUCGCACGCGAUCGAUAUUGGGUUAAGAAUUGCGAAGCAUUCGCUUGAGACCAAUGUGCAGAUCGUGUCCGAUCCGAGUGAUCCCGGUGCGAUACGGAUCGAUGGUACCCGGUUCCCUAUAAAGGAACUGUUGCGAUUAGAGCCAAAUGAAGUCGAAUUGCUGUUUGAAGCUUUGCAAGGUGUUUCGCCGACGCAAGACGAUCGGACACUGUUCGAUGAAAUGCGCCUGUUGGUUUGUUCGGUGAAAAACUCCGAUGAAGAAGCAAAGUUAAGCGUACUGGUACGUCUGCUCGCCGCGGAAGCAGAACGGGAGUGUCUACCGGUUAACGAUGUAAUGGAAAUGUUGCUUCAAACAUAUGCCGCCAUUAAACGAUACGAAGAGUCGGCAAAUGUUAAGCCUACCACAUUCCAGCUAUCAGCGGAACAGGAGGGACUAUGUGUAGGACGCGGCCUGUGGUUGCGAUUGAAACGGGCGUACAUUUUGUUUGCAUCCAAACGAACACCAACUCUACCAGUGGAGCAGGCAGCAGCUGCUGGUGAUAGCAAACCGAAGGACACUGAGCCAACGGUGGAUGAUGAAGAUAAGGAUUCGGAUCGGUUAAUACGGGCAGUGCUGGAGCUGUCGGAGAAGCAGUGCAGCCAGCUGUCCGAAAUAAUGCGCCGGGAUCCAAACUAUUUUUCUAUUUUUAAGCAAAAAUCGUUGGAAGUAAUCGAGAACCGGGACGGUGUCGGAGAGGGCAAUGAGACAACAGUAAACCAAACGGAGCAACUCCUCUACGAAACGCUUAAGGAUAAUAUUCUGAAAGCUUUAGAACGUGAAGGAAAAGAUAGUUAAAUCAUCGCAAGGAACACGCGCUGCGGUAAGUUUGACCUCCUGCUAUCCUUAUGCCAUGUCCUGAACGGGGAAAACGAAUGCAAUGCAUGUUAAUGGAUGGGAGUUUGUUAUUUGUAUUUUUGAAAGGCGUUGAACAAAAAUUAAAACGCAUCUAAUGGCAAGCAACAAAAAAAGCAAUACAUGAAGAAAAAACAUACUUGAGUGAAACAUAUCAACCGUAGCUGCUAACAUUUGUACUCACAUGACUAACUAACAAAACAAAACAUACGAACCAUUUAUUAGCCAAAUUUUUAGAAGCAGUGCUACAACCGAAUGAAUGAAGGAUACAAGCCAGCUUUUUGUAGAGAUCUUAAUGACAUUAGAAAACAGCGAGCAGCGAAAGCUAACUAAACAAAAUAUGAAACUAUACAGAAACCAAAUAGGAACAAAUUUAUGCGGAACCAGUGAGUGUGAGAAACAAAGCGUAACCGAAACAUAUCAAUUCAAAACGAGUAUAAUGUUUAGCUACAACAUAAUAUUAUGGAAGUAUAUUUACAUCACACGGCAUUCGGGAUGAAGUAGCGUCUAGAGAAAAGCGUGUUAGAGUUGCUUCAAAGCAUAAGA